UCGCCGCCUCAUCAAGCUGAAGCCCUCGACUGGCUCUCGGAUUUGGUUGUGGUUUCUUCUCCGCCGCUUCCAUGGUCACGGCCGCCGUGACUCGACCCUUCGCCUCGGGCUCCUCCUGCGGCUUGUUUCGGAUUCUCUCCUCCAAGCCGACGCCUUCCGUCUUCACUCAGCGUCUCGACACUGGUGAUGACAAUGUUAAUGAUAAAAGUAAUAGUUCUGAGAGUGCAGGUGAUUUCAAAAGGCAUUUAUUUGGUGAGAUAGACAACAAUCCAAAUACUAAUUCCUUCUAUCGGAAGCUUGAUAAGCUAGAAAAGGCUCAUGGGAGAUCCAAUCCUGGUUAAAUGGAUGACGGUGGUCAUUCACAUUUUCUAGAUGGUCUAGGUCAGAGUUUUGAUACACUAUCAGAUGGUAUGGAUGAAAAGCUGAAGAAAGCUGCACGCACGUUUGUCUAUAGUGAUGAGAUCCAUAAUGAAGAUUAUUUGUUCAGACCCGAUGUGAAAUUUUUACUUGGAAUGAGUUAUACCCCUAGGGAUCUUGAUCUGACAAAACCUGGGGUCCAGAAAAGUUUUAAAAGAACUGAGUUUCAAACCACUACAGACGAGGUUUUAAGGAAAGCUGAUUUCAGGAAUGUGAGAUUCCUGUCCAACUUUAUUACUGAAGCGGGAAUUAUCAUCAAGAGACGACAGACUCGUAUAAGUGCCAAAGCUCGGAGGAAGGUUGCGAGGGAGAUCAAAACAGCACGAGCUUUUGGGCUGAUGCCUUUCACUACCAUGGGCACAAAGCCAUUUGCUUUCGGGAGAAGCGUGAAAGAUAAUGAUGAAGAUUAUGAAUUUGAUACAUACGAUGGUAGUAUGGCUGGUGCCACCGCCGAGCCAUAUAGAGAAGGCUGAUUCGUUUCAAGUUAAACGUAUUUAGGGGUCACAGCUUGUUCAUUCUAAAGAAGAGACUGGUUUCCACUAACCGUUUGGUUUUCUUUUGCAGACACUAUUUUGUAUGAAUAUUAUCGGCAUGCACACCUUGAAAGCUGUAUGUUCUUAAAGUGCAAGAUGUAUAGAAUGUGGCCCCCUGUUGUUAUUAAAUGCAUACUACUAUAAUCUUUGCUCUUUCACAGUGAGAUCUU